AUGCAUUAAUACCCCUUUCCCAACCAGAAAUUUCUACAUACAUAUAUAUAUAUAUACAUACAUAUAUCUGUGUGUAUUAUUGUUAAUAGGCUUUACAAUCAAUAAUCCACCAUCAAGAAUUUGCUCGAGAUUUUUUUCAAUUAGGUCUUUAAUGGAAGGGGAGAGAUCGUCGUCAGGAUUGCCAUCGGUAUUCGAUCAUCACAGUCACCUGCAAAUCUCGAGCUUCUCAGCACCUCAAUCUCAUCAUCAUCAUCAUCAAGAAAUGGGUUUUGUUCAGUUCGAGGAUCACAAUCAGGUCUUGAGCUUCCUGGUAGCGCCGCCGCCGCCGCCGCCGUCCUCUCAGCCGCCUCUCGACGGCGCCGCCGUGUCCAAGCCAACCACCGCCAGCUGCAACACUACUACUAAUAAUAAUGCUUCCUUAGGGUUUAAUAUUCAUAAUGAGAUCGCGAAUAAUCGAGCCUCAUGGAAUAACAACGACCGGCAGGUGGGAUUGGAUCCUGACAAGAGCAACCCUAAUAAUGAUGAAAAUUGCAGUGGCAAUAACACCAACGAGGGAAGCAAUUCAUGGUGGAGGAGCAGCAGUUGUUCGACGACAGACAAGAGCAAGAUCAAGAUAAGGAGGAAGCUGAGGGAGCCUAGGUUUUGUUUUCAGACAAGGAGUGAUGUCGAUGUUCUUGACGAUGGCUACAAAUGGAGGAAGUAUGGACAGAAGGUUGUCAAGAACAGCCUUCAUCCCAGAAGUUAUUACAGAUGCACGCACAACAAUUGCCGGGUGAAGAAGAGGGUCGAGAGGCUGUCUGAAGAUUGCCGGAUGGUAAUAACAACCUACGAAGGCCGACACAACCACACUCCCUGCGACGAUUCAAAUUCCUCGGAUCACGACUGUUUCACUUCAUUCUAGUCGUUCUCGCAGAUAUACUUAAGAGUACUCGGCACCUGUUCUUGUAGGAAUUGCGUGUACCAUAUGUGUUUCGAUCGAGAUUGUUCGUGUGUAUAAAUACAGACAUAUAUAUAUAUACACUACAUUACAUUA